AUGGAUUAUCGACAUAUUUCGACAUCCAUCUUCUUCUUGUUCUUUCUCUCAGUUACUAACAACACACCCUGCAACACACAAUUAUCUUCUACCUUCAACGAUGCUACAUGUCCCACUGCACUCCGUACGAUCAGAACCACCAUCAGAACAGCCAUAUCUCGUGAACCUCACAUGGCGGCUUCCUUCCUUCGCCUCCAUUUCCAUGACUGUUUUGUUCAAGGUUGCGACACAUCAAUCUUGUUGGAUGGACCUUCGAUAGUUGGAGAAAGGAAUGUGUUGCCUAAUAAGGGUUCUGUAAGAGGCUAUGAGGUGAUAGACGCUGCAAAAUCUGAGGUGGAGAAACUAUAA